AUGGUAAUCCAUAAACUGAACAACAGAUACCGAUGCGGGGAGUGUGGGGUGGUCUUUUGUGGGUCGUGCCGCGAGCACCCAUAUCACCUCGGGAUCUCCUGUGCAGCGCAUGCUGUGCGGCUUGCUGCCCCCAAGUGCCGCUUCUGUGGGGAACGGGUCGAAUGGGGUGGGAUGGACCUGGACUGGAAUGAGGAGGCUGGAGAGGAGGAGGAGAGAGGUGAUGGUGUUGGUGAAGGUAGGAAGAAGGAUGGAGAAGACGCUGCUAAGCGGCUCGCGGAGCUGGUUGCAUUCCAUGGUGACACGAUUACAAGCAGCAACAGCGGCGGUGGUGGCGGCAGCAGCGGCCAGGCUCCUCAAGACACGAGCAACUGGAGUUGGAACGAGGGAGAGAUGAGGGAGCUUCUUGCAGCAGUAGGCGUAGACACGAGCUGGUGCGUGAGCAAAGCCAACCUGGCAGCAGUGGCAGCUGCAGCAGUCUGUGUGUGUGGCGAGGAGCAAUGCAGGGAGCGGCUGAGGGACGCAUGCAUGCGGGUUGGUCCGUGUGGGCACGCGUGUGGGGGAGUGAGAGGGGAGGUGGACUGCCUACCAUGCCUGCAUGAUGCCUGUGUGGAGGAGAGAGAUGCAGCUGCUGCUGCCGCUCCCUCUGCUGCUGCUGCAACAGCCGCCACUGGUUCUGGCGCUGGUGCUUUUGGUGGUGCUGCUGCUCCCGGUUCUGUUGCUGCUGCUGCAGCUGCUGCUGCUGCUGCUGCUGCUGCUGCUGCUGCCGCCCCUUGCCCCAUGCCGCCCCUCCCCUGUGCCAGCGACUUUUGUCCCAUCUGCUGGGUGGAGCCGAUCGCCGCCGCCCCAGCCAUCCGGCUGUUGUCCUGUGGCCACGUGGUGCAUGCAGCAUGCGCGAGGGAGAAGAUUUGCCAAUCAUUUCCUGGUCCUGAGAUCUCCUUCGGUUUCCUAUCUUGCCCGCUCUGCCCUGAUACGACGAUGGAUCAUCCUGCGCUCCAGACAGAGCUUGCCGCCCCGCUGGCUCUGAAGCAGCAAGUGGAGAGAUUAGCGGAGGAGAGAGUGAAAGCUGGAGAGGGGCUUGGGGAUGGGGAAGAGGAAAAUGGGAAUGGCGGUUUAGGGAACAAUGUGUUGGCGCGGGCGCUGCGUCGGUUGCUGUUCUUCCUCUGCUCGCGCUGCCACCGCCCGUACUUUGGUGGGGAUCGUAGGUGCGGUGCCGGACCUGCUGCUGCCGAGCCUGAGAAUGUGGAUGGGGAGGAGGGGGAGGGAGAGGAGAUGGAGGAAGGCGAGAGAGAGGGAGGGGGGGUCGAACGAGCAGGGGAAGUGGGUGGGCAGGGUCAGCGAGAAAAUGAGCUGGUGUGUGGUGAAUGCUUGGCAGUUGAAGCAGCUGCAAAGCAAAAGGCAGCAGCAGAAGCAGCAGCGGCAGCAGCAGCAGCGGCGGAGGAGGAGAGAGAAAGGAGGGAGCGGCUGUGGGAAGCAGGCAAGCCGUGCAGCAGCAACCAUGGGCAAGAGGCCGUGCAGUACAAGUGCCAAUUCUGCUGCUCGGUCGCCACUUACUUCUGUAACGGCACCACACACUACUGUGCAGAGUGCCACCAGACCCUCCCGAAUUACAGAAGCUCCUCGUACGUUGCACCGCGCUGCACCGGGGGGGACCAGUGCCCGUUGCGUGUGGCGUGGCACCCGCAAGCUCCUGAGGAGUUCUGCCUCGGGUCAACUACCGCCAAAGGCGGCAAGGGCGGGAAAGGAGGGAAAGGGGGAAAGGGAGGCAAGGGGGGGAAACGCAGCGGCCGGCACGGGGCAUCGGCGAGCAAGCAGCCGUCGAUUCAGGCGAAGCGGGAGCAGCAGCUGCAGCAGCAACAGUCAGAUCAGCAGUUGGCGCAAACUCCGCAGAAAGCUCUCUCCGCGCACGCCGCGCAGCCUCUAGAUCCUGCGCGGAUCACUUCCGCCGCAUCUCCGCUCUCCGCUUCCGCAAACGCCGCCGUCAAAAGCGAACAUGGGUCCGCGCCUGUUGUCGCUGGCGGAACCUUCGGGGGAGGCGCAGCAGCGUUGGGGGCAGCGCCGGGCGCGGAGCGGCCGGCUGCGGGGGGAGCGGCGGUGGCGGGGGAAGGGGUAGGAUUGGCGGGUCCGCUGGAAGUGGGCGCGCGGGUGAGCGCGCGGUGGCGCGACGGGAAGAUGCACCCCGCGAAGAUCAUCGAACGGCGGAAAGCGGCGGGGGGCGCGGACGAAUACGAGUACUACGUGCACUAUACCGAGUUCAACCGGCGAUUGGACGAGUGGAUCCCGGUGAGCAGCAUUGACCAAUCGUCUGUCAAUACGGCGUGUGAAGAGAAGGCUGAGGAGAAGCAUGGCAGCGGAGUGAAGAUGACACGUCAUCAGAAGAGGAAGAUAGACGAGCUACACAUAGAAGAGGGACAUGAAGACUUUGACGCGGCGAGUCUAAGGGAGCACGAGGAGUUCACCAAGGUGAAGAACGUGGCGGUGAUAGAGCUGGGGCGGUACGAGAUGGACACGUGGUACUUCUCGCCCUUCCCCCCCGAGUACGCGCACUGCUCCAAGCUCUUCUUCUGCGAGUUCUGCCUCGCGUUUCUCAAACGCCCCUCGCAGCUCGAAAGGCACAUGCGCAAGUGCGACCUCAAGCACCCACCGGGGGAUGAGAUUUACCGCAACGGCUCCCUCUCCAUGUUCGAGGUGGACGGCAAGCGCAACAAGGUGUACUGUCAGAACCUCUGCUACCUGGCGAAGCUAUUCCUGGACCACAAGACCCUUUACUACGACGUCGACCUCUUCCUCUUCUACAUCCUCUGCGAGUGCGACGAGCGCGGCUGCCACAUUGUCGGCUACUUCUCCAAGGAGAAGCAGUCAGAGGAGGGGUACAACCUGGCCUGCAUCCUCACGCUGCCGCCCUACCAGCGCAAGGGAUACGGCAAAUUCCUCAUCGCCUUCUCCUACGAGCUUUCGAAAAAAGAGGGUAAAGUCGGAACACCCGAGCGCCCUCUCUCCGACCUGGGUUUGCUGAGCUACCGCGGGUACUGGCUGCGGGUGCUGCUGCGCAUUCUGAAGCACCACCGCGGGAACCUGUCGAUCAAGGAGCUGAGCGACAUGACGGGCAUCAAGACAGAGGACGUCAUCUCCUCGCUGCAGUCGCUGCACCUCAUCCAGUACCGCCGCGGGCAGCAUGUCAUCUGUGCUGACCCCAAGGUGCUGGACCGACACCUGAAAGCGGUGGGAAAGCCGGGGCUGGAAGUUGACGUUUCGAAGCUGAUUUGGACGCCGUACAGGGAGCAGGGGGGGUGA